AUGGGAAACAAGCCUGCAACUAAACUUCAACCAUCCGACUGGGAUUACUUGCAUCAAUGGACAAAAUUUUCUGAUGCAGAAAUUCAAGAAUGGUUUAAAUGUUUUCAUAAAGAUUGUCCAACUGGACAAUUAACUCUUGAAGAAUUUAAAAGCAUUUAUGCACAAUUUUUCCCUGCUGGUGAUUCUUCAACGUUUGCUGAACAUGUUUUUAGAUGUUUUGAUAUUAAUCGUGAUAAAAAAAUAUCAUUUUGCGAUUUUCUUUCUGGAUUAAGUAUAACAGCUAAAGGAGAUGAUAAACAAAAACUUGCUUGGACAUUUAAUCUUUAUGAUACGGAUGGCGAUGGAUAUAUAUCAAGAGAGGAAAUGCUUAUAAUAGUUGAUUCAAUUUAUAAAAUGAUCGGUCCAGUGAUGCAAUUACCUGAAGAUGAAUCGACACCCGAGAAAAGAACAAAUAAAAUUUUCAGUACCUAUGAUAUUAAUCGUAAUGGGAAAUUAUCAUAUGAUGAAUUUAUUAAUGGAGCCUUAUCUGAUCCGUCCAUUCUUCAUUUAUUAAAUAUUGAUAAAAUUCAAACAGUGACAACAGAUCCUGUUCGUUCAUCAGCAAAUGUUCAUUCAUCAAUGACUCGACUUCAUACUUGA